UAAACAUGCAGACGGAGUGCUCUGCUGCCCUCAUCAGUCCAUCCAAAGGAUAAUUGGAGGCAGUUUUAACAGAUACGACACCAAUUUAAGUGACGAUGCAGUGUGAUCAAUUUCUUUGACUUCCUUCUUUUGGAGCGGCUGGGCUGAAUACCAGAACACAGGAUAUGCUUCGCAGUGCUCUCAGUUUCACAGCAGCAGCAGCAGAGGCAGAGGCAGAGGCAGAGGCAGAGGCAGAGGCAGCACUAGCAGCAGCAGCCGAGAGAGGGGACGACACACUCUGCAGUCAAGAUGAGUGCUGGGGAUGUGGUCUGCUUCGGCUGGCUCAUUAAAUCCCCCCCAGAGAAGAAACUGAAGAGAUUUGCCUGGAGGAAACGCUGGUUUGUGCUGCGAAGGGGUCGCAUGAGCGGUGAUCCUGAUGUUUUGGAGUACUAUCAGAGUAAGAACUCCAAAAAGCCCAUCCGCACCAUCGACCUGAAAGAGUGUGAGGUGGAAAUGCUGAACGGACAACUCAGAAUAAAACGGGACUUUCAUGGAAAGCACCUCUUUGUGGUGAAGACGUCCUCACGUGUUUUCUACCUGGUGGCUAAAACUGAGGAGGAGAUGAACGGCUGGAUCAGCAGCAUCAGUCAGAUCUGUCAGUUUGGGAACCUGGAGGACGCAGAAAGCUCAGAAGAGAGCUUCCCUCACACCCCCACCUCCCUCCAGCCAUCCCCUGAUAACUCUGACCGAACGUCUGUUUCCAGCCAGCUUGAUUCCACUCAUCCACUGGACUACCUGUUUCUGUCUCAGUGUGAGACGGGGAGUGUAAGCACCAGUAGACUUGACAGCUUCUCAAACUCUGAGAUCUCUCUGGAGCAGAGGUCAUCAGAAGACAUGGUCAAAGACCUCCCCUCACCUCUGUUCACUGAUUCCUCUUCAUCCUCGAUCUCUCAUGUGCCCAGCCCCAGUCCAUCUGUCUUCCCCCAUGGCAGAUUGACUAACCCUCCUUUCAGCGCUCCAUGCACCUCUUUGGCUUUACCAUCCUCCUCCUCCUCUCCUCUCCUUCACUGUGCCACAAGUGUCUUCCAGUUCGACAAACCCUACCCCUCAGUGUCGUUUGAGGCAACAAGCGACACACAAACACCUCCUCCGCUGCCACCAAAACCUAACCACCUGUCAGAGCAACUAAGUGAUGAAGGACUGAACAGGCUAAGGGCGAUGAGUACACAACAUUUCUCAAGUCAUGGAGCUCUAAUCCCCAGGAGGACAUCUUUGUCGAGCUUGGACCAUCUAAGAAUAGGAGAUGCUGAAACAAGAAUGAUGAGGAACAGAAGACAAAGUCUUAACUUGCCUUGUUUAAAUACUGUAAGAGUUCAAACCUAUGAGGAUGAGUCAUAUGUGCCCAUGGCUUCCCCUUCUCCCCCUGUUACCACCACUGGAAGUGACGGUUACAUCCCCAUGAGCCCUAGGACAUUCAGCUUCCUCAAUACAAACGGCAACACUGAGUCCUCUACACCUCUUGGCCCACUGAUAUGUCAACCUGGAGAUCUUGCACCGCCUCCGAUUCACCGGCAUCUUAAGCCUCGAUUAAGGCGAGUUCGACCCCCGCCGCUUGACUUGAGAGGCCUCUCUACAAUCACUGAGUGUCCCACUCACCUUCCUCUAAGCAGAGCCCUGACUGAAUCAUGCUUUUCAAUGAAAUCAUUACCGCUUGACAGAAGACUUGAGAACGGGGAUCCAAGAGAUGAAAACACAAACUGCACUGAAAUGGAGUCCAUGCAACAGUUCUGUCUCCCUUUUGAUGGAGCCGCUCAGCCGUGGGCGAGAAGAUCAAUCCUUGACUACUUGUCACUGGAUUUCAAUUCUGCAUCCCCCUCACCUGUACAGAAGAAACCUUUCCUGUCUGAUGAGCACAAAGUGGAUUAUGUGAAGGUGGAUGAGAAGAAGACACAGGCACUGCAAAACACCAAAAUGGAGUGGACUGAUGUUCGGCAGUCGAAAACAUAAACGGAAAAAAAAAUCAGGAACACUUGGUUUUGAGUAGACUAACACCAUAUAUAUGACACCAGCAUGGAAUAAAUAUAUGAAGAGGACCAAAACAAUUUCAAAGCACUUUGAAAAACAGUCUCAAAAUAGAAGCACAAGAGGAAGUGAGCAGUUUUAUGCUUGUUUGCUGGGUGAAAACUCCAAAUUGCACUGUAAAAACGUAUUUUACUCUCAGUAGAUCUGAUCUAUACUGUAAAUAAUACCAGACUGUGCACUGUAUCACAAUGAUUUUUACUGUAGCAUAAAGUUUGACCAAAUUUUGAAAAGGGCAUCAUAUUGCUUCAUUGUCUGUGUGACUUGCUAUAAUUGUAAGUAUGAUUUUAGCUUGAAAGAACAAGGAACGUCCCCCCACCCCCACAAUGUUUUAUGAACAUAAUUAAUGCAGGCUAAGAUCUCGCUUUCUCCUAAAAUGAACUGUUCAUAGAAAGGAUUCUUUGUACCUACUCUUUUCCUGCCUUUAAGCCAAAUAUUUAUUAGUCCAAUUUCAAUAGAAGCAAACUGUCAUGACCUCUGUUUUCAUGAAUGAUGACUAAAAUUACACUGAAACAAAGUUCCCUUUCCAGAAAAAGAUCCUCUCAUUUUCCCAGAGGUUUUAUUUAUUGAUUUUGUUAUUUAUUUUAUAUUAUUAUGUCUUUUGUCUCAUGUAUGCAUCUACCCUGCUGGCAAUUUUUCACGUUAAUGCUCUGAUGAUUGCAAAUAAAGUUUAUAUUUG